AUGCAAAAGUCAACACUGAAGAAGGGACUGAAGAGUCAACAAUCCCAACCUGAUAAUGCAUCUCCAUCUAAAAGUGCUUCACUUGCUUCGAAGUGCCGAACACCGAGAAAGAACAAGUCCGCAGAACCAACUGAUCCUAUAUCUCCAACUGAUGCAAAUACUUGUCAGAGGCGAUCAUCACCAAGGUUCAAAGAGGCUGCAGAACUAACAAAUCCUAAAAGUACUACACACAGUACUCCUCCGUCAAGUGCACAACCUGAAACUGAACAACCAACUCCAUACACUCGAAAGAAAUUAGUUUCUAAGACGAAGAAUGUGCUGACACCUACAAAGUCUAAAGAAGAUGCUGCAAAUUCCAAAUGCAAGACAGUAAAGCGGAAAUUGGACACAAGUACUGGCCCAUGUCCAACUAUUCAACUCAGGAAUCCAACUGACACUUUUUCUGAUUUUGAAGAGGAAGAAGAUGAUGAAAUUUUACAUACUAACCAGGACGUGCAAGAGGAAGAGUCUGAUGUUGAUUCUGAUGAAGGAAAAGAUAAUGAUGAUGGUGAUGAGACUGGUGUGGGGAAGGAAUUGGAGAAUGAUGAUAAGCCGGAAGAUGAGGUUGUGGGACCAAGAAAGAGAAGAAAGUUUGUUCCACGUGGACCAACGCAGAUGCAUGCAAUGAGGUUAGAUAGCACAGAUCCAAAAGCCAAAGUUCCCUUCAACUUUAAAGAUCAGCCAACUGGUGAUCCAUCCGUGCAGCUGGCAAGUUGUCUAGGGGUGUUAGUUCGGCGAAACAUUCCGUUAACAUACAAGGAUUGGAGAAUUUUUCCUCCCCAGGCCAAGGCCAACAUAUGGAAGAUAGUCGAGCAACGGUUCAUUGUGCCUGAACAUUACCAAGACUACUAUUUUGCCAAAAUGGGAGCAUAUCUUAAAGAGUCUCGAUCUAGGAAAGCCGGUUUGGUACUCGAGGCUUUGGAUCAGCUACAAGAGGAAGAAAGAGAGAAAAGGCUUGCAAAGCUAAUUCCUACGAGCAUGUCUGUCAAUGAGUGGGAGACGUUUGUGAAACGUGUAGGCUCGCAUGAAUUCAGAGUCAAAAGGAUCAGAAUGCAAGAAAUUUGUUCAAAGCAUAACACCCCUCACACGAUUGGCCGAGAAGGUUACGCCCGACUGGAGGUUAAGAUGCAAAAAAAAUGCAACUGAACAGAUUGAUAGAGUUGAUUUAUGGGUAGCAUGUCACAAACCAAGUGAAGGAAAGGAACCAAGUCCUAGUGUUCUAAGUGCUUUUAAAAAUUGAAGAAGCUCAAGCACAGCAUGGUUCUCGUAUUGGAUCUUCCUUGACAGACGAUGUUCUUACAAAGGAUCUUGGUGAAGAUAAAGGGGUGAGACUUAAAGGCAUGGGGUUUGGAGCGACACGUAAAAAUAUUGCAGCCAAUAAUCACUAUAAGUUGAUCAUUCAAGGGUGUCAGGAAACCUGUAGAGCAAUGAAUGAUCGUCUUAUGAUGUUGGAGGAAAAGAGCUCAAAGUGUGUCUGCGCUGAAGUCCACUCUCACACUGACAGUCCAGUUGCAAGCAACAACGUGGCUAGUACUAGCAUAGUUGUUCCCUGCAAUGGAAUAGUCUCAACUCCCAGUCCUGUCAGCAGAUCAAGUGAGGUAGUGCCGGAAAUAUUUACACCUUGCCGGUUACUAAGUUGGUACAAGGAAGGAGAGGUGGUGGCUAAUGCGAAAAUUAGUGAAACGGAUCCGAUGCAGGAGAUACAUGGGAGGCCAAUAGGUUUUGGAGCCUACACUGUGUGUGUGUUGAUUUCCCAUGUUGAAGGUGCUCAUGUCUACAAGCCAACUUCAGAGUUCAAGUGUGUUGCUGAUGUUUUUGGAAGUAUUAUCCCAUGGCCCAAGGAUCGAAUAGUGUUUGAGUAGUGUUCUCAUAGACAUGUUAUCUUAUCUUUAACUUGGUGUGUGUUCAGGAAACUUUUAACUUUUGGUAACAAACAUCUAUUUCUCUGCCAUUUUGUGAAUGUGUGUGUUUAACACUAGAAGGUGAACUUGAAUGAAUGUAAUGUGUUACAC